AUGUCCGUUGUUGAACAAUACAUGACAGUAAUAGAAGACACAGCAAGCUUAUUACAAAGAGCACAAAUCAAUUUAAAGAAGUGUCCAAAGCAACGAUUAACACAAGGGUACAUAGAAACUAGAUUAAAAUGCAUAGAAGAAUAUUGGAACACUUUCAAAGAAGCUAAUCAAAAUCUAUGCAAAUCUACACCUCGAGAUAAACGUGCCGACAUACCUUACUUUGUCAAUGAAGAUUAUUUUAUUAUAGAAGACCUGUAUUUGUGUUUAGAAGCGGACCUGAAAGAUAUGUUACGUGGUAUGCAGACUCGAAGCAAAGAGCAACAAUCGACUUCAUAUAGCAAUGUAAACGUUGAAGAAAGGACUUCACAAGUGAAAUUACCCAGAAUUGAAAUCCCCUUAUUCCAAGGGAAAUAUGAGGCCUGGGCUACAUAUCAUGAUUUGUUCACAUCAUUGGUGCAUAAUAACACAUCACUUAGUAAAGUGCAAAAGUUACAUUAUCUGAAGACCAGUACUGCCGGAGAAGCAGCUUACCUGUUGAAACACAUACAAGUUACAGAUAACAAUUACAAUCAAGCAUGGGAUAUUCUCAAAAACAGGUAUGGAAACAGGCGUAUGAUACUUGCCUCCAUUUUAAAGCGAUUGUUUGGCCAGAAAAAGAUAUCUACACAGUCAGCCUACAAUAUAAGAUCAUUACUAGAUACCACUUCAGAAUGUAUUAAUAAUUUACAUAAUUUAUCUAUACCUACGGACUCUUGGGAUCCAGUAAUUAUAUAUUUGGUGGUGCAAAAAUUGGACUUGGAGUCACAUAAGGAGUGGGAAGAGUAUGCAUACAAAGAAAACUCAGAAGAUUUACCUUCGUGGACGGAGCUGAAGAAGUUUCUGGAAUCUAAAUUUCGUACAUUGGAGCUUGUUAAUCCCUAUACAUCAUCAUCAAUAAAAGAAAGGCCAGUAGCUACUAAGGAACGAACUUUUCAUGCUACAACUACUGAAAAAACGUGUUUCAUGUGCAAAGAGAAUCAUACACUGUGUCAUUGUAAAGAAUUUGCAAAAAUGGAUCCUCAACAAAGAAGUCACUACGUGAAGACCAAUAAUUUAUGUUAUAAUUGUUUAUUGCCCGGACAUACAGUAUUUAAAUGUCGAAUAGCCAUGACAUGUCGCAUAUGUCAUAGGCGCCAUCACUCUCUACUGCAUGAAGAUAAGAAUAACAACGCUAACACGUCGGGUCACCUGGAGAAGUCAUUACAACCUAACGUGUCAGCGCAUUUUAGAGUAGAGGAGCGAGAUUACAAUACAGUGAUUGCGUCGAAUUAUAGCAGUAAUUGCGGGAAGGAGACAGCCUUUUUAGCAACCGCAAUGGUGACAGUGAAGAAUAAAAAAGGACAUACUGUUGUAUUAAGGGCAUUAAUUGAUCAAGGGUCUGAACAGAGUUUUAUAAGUGAAAAGGCGGCUCAAUUAUUACAAUUAGAGAGAACACCAAUUAAGGCAACUGUGGUUGGAAUGGGAUCUAUGAAGUCACAAUUAAAGCAAGUGGUGCAGGUUCAGGUUUCAUCUAAAUGGGACAACAAUAGCAGUCAUCAUAUAUCAGCAUAUGUGAUGUCAAAACAACUGACCACCAAAAUACCACAGAGGGUUGUCACUGGACAUAAGUGGCAACAUGUACAAGGACUUAUCUUAGCCGAUCCAAUAUACUACAAACCUGGGGUAAUUGAUUUGCUUCUGGGUGUGAAGGUUUAUUCAAAAAUAAUAGAAAAUCAAUUAAUCAAAGGGCCACCAGGGACUCCAAGUGCACAAAAAACAUCCCUGGGCUGGAUCCUAUUUGGAGAGAUAAAUACAGCACCGAGCAAUGAACCGCUCGUUGUAAUGCAUGCUCAAGUAGAUGUAGAAGAAAACAUAAAAAUUCGGAAUGGAAACACAGAAAAUACAGUAAGAGAACGUAACAAAAAUCCAAAAUUCAAAGAGAAAUGUACAACAUUUAUGGAACAUGCACUUCAAAAUGAGAUUAAUAUUAAAAAAUGUACAGGAUGUUCUUAUUUACCAAAGCAUAUGAAGACAAUCGGAGUAUCCUGUAGAGAGAAAAAGCAAAGCAAACAAAUGGUCAAAUCCAGUAAAUGCAGUUAUGGACUCUGUCAGUGCAUCCAGAAAAAGAUUGAUGUCUUGCCAUGGUGGACGUUUUCUGCCGGCAAUGCUCGUAAAAUAUCAACGAUGAAACCCUUAAACCCUGUACAUAUGAGUUCAGUAUGA